AUGACAUGGAAAGUGUUUCGCUUUGGUGGCCCUGUUGGUCACGAUUCCCAACCGCAACAAUCGCUUAGUCCUGCGCCUGUUCCUGUGCGUCACAGUGAACAGAUUCCACGUUCGACUUUCACAAUGGGGCAGCUGAUCCCGCGUUUGUCAGAGUCGAACGCAAAUUCACCGCUGGUCGGAGAAUCUGGGAUCGCUCAGCCGUCCCACCCACACGACAACCCUCCAGCAGCUUCCAGAGAUACAUCAGAUCACAAUGCCAAACAACAAAUCUCCUUGCGGAACAGAUUCAGCUUGAUGCGCUUCAGACAUGCAUCAGAUCCCCAACUAUCUGCCUCAUAUAACGAGACAGGGACCCCUCCUGUCCCUUCAUUACCUCCGCCCACAAUCAUCACUACAUCACCAACGUUUCCAAACCAGACGCCAGCUCCGAAACGAAUGAGCAUGUUCAAAAUUGGCUCUGAGAAACCUGUUUCGGGGCAUGCGGCAACCACGCCCAGAAACUAUAACCACACGCCUAGCAAUUCCAAUACCUCAAAUGGAAGUUCCGUUCAACAUUUUUCUGGAGUGGAUAACUCACCAACCGCCCCUUCAAGCCUCAGAGCUUCUCACAUAAGCUUUGAAGAACCUGGCAGACUAUCAACCACCUCGUUACGGAGCGGUGGAGCUGUCCGUGCACAUGGCGAUGGUGGUCCAGUUCCCAGUACCCGGUUUUCAGAAUCUUCUAGGUCAGACGCGAGCUCUGCUGAGCAUGGUGUCUAUGUGAAAACCAGCGCCGCUGCUAGCACCAGCUCCUUCUUCCGCCUACCGCGACUGAAGCGCAGCAAAGGUCCACUCUUCCCAUUAGCUGCUAAAAUAUCGCCUCCAGGACAAGCGUCGAAGUUGUCCGAAUCCAAUCGUCCCCAAACCGGCGGGAAUAAAUCUCGCAGUUCUACUGAUCACACUCAUGAGCAUGCUCCAUCGCUUCCAUCACUUCCAUCACUUCCUUCUCCAUCCCAAUCUUCAUUAGGUUUUGGAACGCCUGGCACUUCAUCUCCCGGACCGGCCUUGCUCCGAAAAGACUCGAUCGCGUCUGCGCACUCUGCUAAGUCAUCCAUCUUUCCCAACACACGAGGUCGCAUCUCACGCAGACAAAGGUCAUCAACGAUAGGCUCUCUUUCCGAUAUUCAAGAUGGUCAACAUCAUUCAUCGCCCGAUCUUGUUCCUUCCAACCGAACUUCAACAACGAAUCCAUCUACACGGAAGAGCUUUAGUGACCUUUUCGCUAUUCCGGCUCGUUUUAAACAUAAUCAUGAUCUAAACGGAACGGGCGAUGCUUCUCCGAGUUUUGGAGCACCAGGUACCCCUGCAUCAAUUGCUUCAAAAUCUAAUUCCGUUGCAUUAGGACGGGAUUUGGUGUCGUUCCCGGCUAGGGAAGAAGAUGAUACCCCAGCCACUUACCUUUCUCGGUUGGAAAGGUCUGUUCGCCGUGGGGCGAUUGCCAGUAUCCUGUCACUGUCUGCAGAGGAGUUUUACGCGACAGCUUUAAGAAAGUAUAUGCGUGGAUUUUCAUUUUUCGGCGACCCUAUUGAUAUGGCAAUCCGGAAACUUCUUAUGGAAGCCGAGCUGCCGAAGGAGACUCAGCAAAUUGAUCGGGUCCUCCAAAGCUUUGCUGAUCGUUAUCACGAGUGCAAUCCAGGCAUUUUUACUUCCUCAGAACAAGCCUACUUCAUUGGAUUUUCCUUGUUGAUCUUACAUACGGAUGUCUUCAAUAAAAAUAAUAAAAGGAAAAUGCAGAAGGCAGACUAUGUUCGGAACACGCAAGGAGAAGGGAUAUCUGCAGAAAUACUCGAAUGCUUCUAUGAAAACAUAAUAUACACCCCAUUCAUCCACGUCGAAGACGAACUAAACCUAGGCAGGCUCAUGGCCCCGAAAACACGCAAACCUUUGUUCAAAGCUGCAAGCGCUGAUAGCCUGCCGAGCUUCUCCCGAUGA